UAAAAAUAUUUUUGGGGGCAUCUGGCUGGCUCAACUAUCUGGAAGAGUGUACAAAUCUUGAUCUCAGGGUCAUGAGUUCAAGCCCUGUGUUGGGUGUAAGGAUUAAUGAAAAUAAACUUUAAAAAAAAGUUUGCUCUGUUUAGGUAUCCCACAGAGGAUCUGCCAGGUAAGUCACAUGCAUCAUCAGAUACACCAAACAGCCCUCUUCAGCAAGAGCAUGGAAGUUCAGGGAGAUGGUAGUAGUUCCCUAAGACCUGAACCCAGCAGGUUCAGUGGGUCUUUGUGUGGAGUUCUCAGUCCUUUGACAGCCAGAGGGAGAUGGAGCCAAAUGUGGUUUGGGGAUAGAGCCAAGGCACUGGUUGCAAGAGAGACAGGGAAAUGUGAGUGGAGACCUGGAGCUCAAGACACUUAGAAAAAGGCUUCAGAGUAGUGUCCAAAAAUCAGUCAACUGAAGAAUAGGUCUGUUGUCUGCCCAGUUAACACAACUCCUGUAUAGUUCCUGUCUAAGAGAGGAAUUUGGACACUACUUGGGAGUUUUUUUACUUUGGAUGUGACCCUUCUCAGGUUGGCAUCCUCUGUGCUCUUAGGAACCUGGCUGACAGUCUGGCAUCUUUGGAAGCCAAGGGGACCUCCUAACCCAGGGGGCUUGGGUCAGGAGUAGCCUUCAGGGGAAUGAAGAAGAGGUCUGGGGAGACUCACCUCAGAGCAGAGAAGAGUGAGAUCUUAGAAAGCACAGCUGCACCUUUUCCAGAGUGAAAGGAGGAGCCUGGAGAGGUGUGGCUGGACCAAGACCUCCCCCGAUGUGAGCAGGUUUCCUCCUCCCCCCACUGCCCGUUGCCAACACGCCAGGGAACAUCCUCAAGCCCUGGCCCUCAGGGGAGAGGUAACAGGAGCCCCGAGCCGAGACCAUGUGACGGCGCUGGCCCUCGCCACCGCCGUCCCCCCCACCCUGGCCCUAGGCCCGGCACCAUGAUGUUCCGAGACCAGGUGGGCAUCCUCGCUGGCUGGUUCAAGGGCUGGAAUGAGUGUGAGCAGACGGUGGCCCUGCUGUCACUUCUGAAGCGGGUUACUCGCACCCAGGCCCGCUUCCUGCAGCUCUGCCUGGAGCACUCACUGGCGGACUGCAAUGACAUCCACCUGCUGGAGUCGGAGGCCAACAGUGCUGCCAUCGUCAGCCAGUGGCAGCAGGAGUCCAAAGAGAAAGUGGUAUCCCUCCUGCUGUCCCACCUGCCCCUGCUUCAGCCAGGCAACACGGAGGCCAAGUCAGAGUACAUGAGGCUGCUGCAGAAAGUGCUGGCCUACUCGAUCGAGAGCAAUGCCUUCAUUGAGGAGAGCCGCCAGCUACUCUCUUAUGCCCUCAUCCACCCAGCCACCACACUGGAGGACCGCAAUGCACUGGCCCUCUGGCUGAGCCACCUGGAAGAGCGACUGGCUAGUGGCUUCCGCACCCGGCCUGAACCCACCUACCACUCACGCCAAGGCUCAGAUGAGUGGGGGGGCCCUGCAGAGCUGGGUCCUGGGGAGGCUGGGCCAGGCUGGCAGGACAAGCCACCCCGGGAAAAUGGACAUGUGCCCUUCCACCCAUCCAGCUCAGUGCCGCCAGCCAUCAACAGUAUUGGGAGCAACGCAAAUGCAGGUCUCCCUUGCCAAAUUCACCCCAGCCCGCUGAAGCGCUCCAUGUCGCUCAUCCCCACGAGCCCCCAGGCCCCUGGUGAGUGGCCGAGUCCAGAGGAGCUCGGGGCCCGGGCUGCUUUCACCACGCCCGACCACGCACCCCUCUCGCCCCAGAGCAGCGUGGCCUCCUCUGGCAGCGAGCAGACGGAGGAGCAGGGCUCCAGCCGGAACACGUUCCAGGAGGACGGCAGUGGCAUGAAAGAUGUGCCCUCAUGGCUCAAGAGCCUCCGCUUGCACAAGUAUGCAGCCCUCUUCUCACAGAUGAGCUACGAGGAGAUGAUGACACUGACUGAGCAGCAUCUGGAGUCUCAGAAUGUCACCAAAGGUGCCCGCCACAAGAUAGCCCUGAGCAUCCAGAAGCUACGUGAGAGACAGAGUGUGCUCAAGUCCCUGGAGAAGGAUGUGCUGGAAGGCGGGAAUCUGCGAAAUGCUCUGCAGGAGCUGCAGCAGAUAAUCAUCACCCCCAUCAAGGCCUACAGCGUCCUCCAGGCCACUGUGGCUGCUGCUGCUGCCACCACCCCUACUGCCAAGGAUGGGAGCCGGGGGGAGCCACCACUGCCAGGUGCUGAGCCUCCCCUGGCUCACCCCGGCACAGACAAGGGCACUGAGUCCAAGGACCCUCCAGCUGCAGAGAGCUACCCCCCUCCACCAGCUCCGGCUCCCACUGAUGGCAGUGAGCCAGCCCCAGCUCCCGUCGCCGACGGAGACAUCCCCAGCCAGUUUACACGGGUGAUGGGCAAAGUGUGCACCCAGCUGCUGGUGUCCCGACCAGACGAGGAGAACAUCACCAGUUACCUCCAGCUCAUUGAAAAGUGCCUGACUCAUGAGGCGUUCACGGAGACGCAGAAGAAACGGCUGCUGUCCUGGAAACAGCAAGUGCUGAAGCUCCUCCGGACCUUCCCGCGCAAAGCCGCCCUAGAGAUGCAGAACUACCGGCAGCAGAAAGGCUGGGCGUUUGGCUCCAACUCCCUUCCCAUAGCUGGCUCUGUGGGGAUGGGGGUGGCCCGGCGGACCCAGCGGCAGUUCCCAAUGCCUCCCCGGGCCCUCCCACCCGGCAGGAUGGGCCUUCUGAGCCCUUCCGGCAUUGGGGGCAUCUCCCCCCGACAUGCCCUCACUAGCCCCAGCCUUGGGGGCCAGGGCCGACAGAACCUGUGGUUUGCCAACCCUGGAGGCAGCAACAGCAUGCCCAGCCAGAGCCGCAGCUCUGUGCAGCGCACCCACUCCCUUCCGGUCCAUUCAUCGCCCCAGGCCAUUCUCAUGUUCCCUCCAGACUGCCCGGUCCCUGGGCCUGACCUGGAGAUCAAUCCCACUCUGGAGUCUCUGUGUCUGAGCAUGACAGAACACGCCUUGGGUGAUGGGACAGACAAAACCUCCACCAUCUGACGGGACCCACAGCCCAGCGCACCCAUAGGCUCCCUGGGCGGCGGGCGGGGGCCAACCCCCAACGGGCUUCUCCGCGACAGCGAGAGGGUGGGCUGGCUCAGCUAUACAUUCUAGUAUUUUUCUACUCUCUCACCCUUUUAACUUUUGUUUAACAUUGGCACACGCCUUGCUCACUCCCAGGCCCGUCGAGGGAUCCCUGCUGAGGCUCAGGGAGGUAGGGGGCAGCCAGGAUAAAGGGAGCAGGGACUGGCUAGCCUGACUGCCCCUCCUUCCCUCCCUCAUCCCCUACCUGGCCCCGUCCCACCCCUGCCUCCUCCAGACUGCUGGCCACCCGCCCCUCCUAAGGGAGCAGCUUCCCCGUCUUGCGGGGCCUGCUCAGCACCAUCUGACAUCUGGGGAGAGGAGCGGGGUUGACCACUUGCUCUCCUGGAUGUUAUUUGAGAGGAGCUAAGGAGAAGGUGGUAGAUGAGGAGAGGAGCCUCUCUCUCUCUUCUUAUCACCUGCCUCUCUUCCCCAUUCCCAUCAUUCCCCAAGGACAGGAGCCACCCUCCUUUCACUCACCUCCUUUUGCCCUGUUUAUCAGAGGUUCUCUACAAUUAAUUUCUUAGGCCUAUUUAAGAUGCAUAUUUAUAUAGUUCUUAACGGUUUUUCUCUCUGAUCAUUCCCUCUCAUUUUUAGAAUCCCCAGGCCUCUCUCUGAGCCAAGACAGUGGCAGGGGGAGCCUGAAUUUACGAGGGGAGAGGGCAGAGCCCCCUCCUCCAGACCCCCUAGCCCUUCCCCGCUUCCCCCGUCCUGGCUCCCCGGAUGCAGAGGUUGAAGGCCAGGAGCCAGGGCAGCCAGUGAGGUCAGGAAGUCUGUUGCCUUAACAUCCCCUUCCCGCAACCAACACACCCUUGUCCACUCCCAGGUCUGGUUGCUGAAAGACUUGGGGUAAGGAAUAAGGGAAAGGGGAUUGUUUGGUUUUUGGUUUCUUUCCCCACCCCUUUUCUUUCAUCCUUCCCCACCCCCCCAUUCUGUCAUGACCUCACUUAAGUGGAACACUAUCAUAACCCAGAGAUUUGUCCCAGCUGUGGAGUCACACAGACCCUCUGGUCUCUGUUCCUGCUGAGGGGUUGUGCUGGGGCCCAGGUGGAGGGAGGGGAUUUGGGGGUUCAGGCUGUGGGGAAGCCAGGGUCCCCUAUUCCAACCCCCUCUUCCCACUCAACCCACCCCACCCCCCACUGGGACAUUCUCAAGCUUUUCACACCGAAAAGGAAAAAAAUGUUAUUUUUAGAUACAUUUUAUGAAUAACUUUUGUUAUGAA